GACAGCAGCAGCAGCAGCAGCAGCGGGACUGGGAGGAGAAACGAGCAGCAGCAGCUACAGGCGUCACCGGCAACUUUUUCUAGCACUUGAAGGAAAGUAUCAACAGGUGAAGAUGAGCGACGCGAAUCAACCUAAAGUUGAACUUUUUGUGAAGGCGGGCAGCGAUGGUCAGAGCAUUGGCAACUGUCCCUUCUCCCAGCGUCUCUUCAUGGUGUUGUGGUUGAAAGGAGUGACCUUCGACGUUACCACAGUGGACAUGAAGAGGAAGCCAGACAUCUUGAAGGACCUUGCCCCCGGUGCCCAGCCUCCCUUCCUGUUGUACGGCAGCGAGGUGAAAACCGACACCAACAAGAUCGAGGAGUUCCUGGAGGAAAACCUGAGCCCCCCGAAGUAUCCCCGUUUGGCUGCUCGUAACCCAGAGUCCAACACGGCCGGCAUGGAUGUCUUCUCCAAGUUCUCCGCUUACGUGAAGAACUCAAACCCUCAGACCAAUGAAAAUCUAGAGAAAGGCCUGCUGAAGGCUCUGAAGAAGCUGGAUGACUACCUCGGCUCUGCACUUCCUGACGAGAUCGACGAGAAUAGCGCUGAUGACGUCACUUCCUCGUCCCGCCCCUUCCUGGACGGCCAAGAGCUUACUCUGGCUGAUUGCAACUUGCUGCCUAAGCUCCACAUCAUGAAGGUUGUGUGUUUAAAAUACAGGAACUUCAGCAUCCCUCAGUCUCUGACCAACCUGUGGAGGUACCUGAACGCAGCGUACGCCCGGGAGGAAUUCUCCUCCACCUGCCCGAUCGACGAGGAGGUCCACAUCGCCUACUCCUCUGUAGCUAAAGCUCUCAAGUAGGAGAAGAAAGGAGGGUUACAAUUCAUGAUGAAUAAAAAACACCGUUAGAACAACUUUUAAAAUAUAAAAAAAGCACACAAACAAACAAACGAACAUGUAGUUUAUCACCUUUCAUAACACGACUCAAUACAGCUGGUUUACCAUCGCCAAACAAUACUCUUACAUUUUUUCUGAUGUGGUUUUUGCCUCAGUGGAUCAAUUCACACUGUAAGAAAAACAAGGAAGCGAUCGCAGCAGAUAAGCUGAUAUAAUAAAAAAACAUGUGCACACACACACACACACACACACACAAAAAGAAAUGUCAGCUGUGGUUACAUUUUAUUUUGCUGACAUGCUGGUUGACCACACACACAUAUCUAAGGACAUAAAUGUGGACACUUCUACACACACACACAUAUAAAACUACAGCCUUGCUUCGUGUACAGUUUAACCGUCGAUAAACACACACACUGUAAUGUCAGAAAUGUUUCUUUUAAAUUAGCUAACGCCCUCACUUCUUCUUCUCCAUUUCUCCAUGACCGUCACUAUUAUCCUUAAUGUUUCUUUUGGGAGAUUCAACAACAGACACAAAGCUGCCUCUCAGAUCAGAUCAAGCCUCACACAAGCUGAUUCAACUCAAACAUUCACAGCAGCACCAGCUCACCUGCCAAAAAAUGUCUUCACAUUGACUUUCUGCUAUCAAGGGGAACAAGGCCUUUUAAAAAAAUGUUUUACAGUUUCAUUGUUAUUAACGCCAACUCGUGUUUUUAAAUGUUUAUUCUUUAUAGUGCACCUCAGGGAGGAAAAGGGGGGGUGCUUUUCUUUUCUAGGCCUGCAGACCGGGUCUCGCUUUAAGGAGGCAGAGCUGAAAACAGUUACAGACAGGAAACUAUUUCAAUAGACUCGGGCUUCCCCUUUCUGUGCUCCCAUAGCAGGCGUGAAAGGAUUAUUCAAGAUUACUGAGCUUGUUAUGAUCCACUGUAAAAGCCUCUUGCCAACAGUUUGUUUAAUUCUGCAUGUCAUGUAUGAAGGACGUUUAGUUUUUUUUUUUUUUUUUUUUUGUUGUAUCUUUUAUAAAAAGACGUGAGAUUAGAUUGUGAGAGAGUUUGAAGAUAGCGUGGAUGAAGGAAUGAAGGUGACGCUGUGCAGCCCCGGGGGCACAUGGCCUGUUCUGUCACAUGUUUCUCUUUCUUUCUUUCUUUCUUUCUGAGUCGGGGGGAAACAGCAGGAAGUCUAAUAUAAGCACAUAUAAUGUUAAAAUUAAAAUAAAGCAUUGGUAGCUUGAGCGUGUAGGAUGUCAUUAAUUACAGGAUAAGGCUGGCGUUAUUCUAUAUUUCAUUUUAAAGUGUCGUCAAAUUUCGUGAAAAGACUAAAACAGGUUUUCGGAGCUUGAUUGACAGCUGUGAGCUCCCACCCCUAACUUUUACCUCCUCUGAUUGGUUACUGGUUGUACUUUGGACCAUAUUUCAACUUAAAUAUGAGAAAAAACUUACAUACUGUAGCUUUUUAAGUUUUCAUAUAGCACCAUUAUUGGGUUAAAACUUUUUUUAUGACUAAAAUCUAAAGUCAGACUCAUUAGCCUCAGCUCACAACAGUGUAAUAAUCUAUAUGAGGCAGAGAGAUGAUACUCAGUGUUCGUUUUUCUCUUUUGAUGGGAUUUUUUUUUUUGACAAUUGGGAAAAUAUUAAAUAUCAGUUAGACUUAUGUGUGCUUGUCAUGUGUUUCCAGUAGAUUUAAUCCACUGUGGGAGCUUUUUUUUUUUUUUUACUAGACUUGAAAUCGAACCGCUGGAAAAAACUGGAACUAGCAGCUUGUGUUGAUUUUAUUAAACUGUACGGCAAGUAAGAUUUAAUUUAGAGGUUGUUUAAAUGUCUCUUGUUGGGAGCCCAAGAUAGCCUGAAGUUUCAUGUCUCUCAUAUUUUUAAAAAAAGAAAAGAAACCUAAGUGCAAUUUUGAAUCGGAUUGAAAAGACAAUCUUUAACAGUGUUUUGAUUUAUAUUCUAUACGUCCAGUGUGAGCACAGUUGUUUAACUCCUCCUUUUCUGACCUGCUAGGUAUUGAACACAAGUGUUGAUCAAACAGAUGAUAUAUUUUACUUGACUGAAUUGUUGUAGACUUUCAUUUAUUUUCUCAAGAAAACAAUGGACCGAUUGUUCUUGUUAUUGUUUUUUUUUUAAAAAGGGAGCGUGUCUGAUUAAUGCCAGUGCUGAUAUAUAUAUCCGAAUGUUUUCUUAUCGUAGGAUUUGAUACAAUUUCAGGGACCAUUAAAUGUUAAAAAUGUUAACUUUUAUUUAGAUUUGUUUCUCACCUCACUGUUUUUAACUCUGUUUUAUCUUCCUGCAAUGUAUUGUAUUUGUUAUGAGACCUAUAUCUAUACUUUUCACUUUGUUUCCUACCUUUAUGCAUUUCCCUCCAAAUAUUUUAGCCUUUUUUUGUCUCUUUUUUGUUGUUGUGUUGUCUGCAUCUUAAUCGAAAGCAGUCGCACUUCAAUGUCCACAGCAUGAAAACCUCUGUGGAGACUAAAAAUAGUAGAUUUAAAAACAAAGACAAUCAAACUAAUAGCACGGCUGGAAGUUUCCAAUAUGUAUUUUGUACUUUUAAAAGCCCUUAUGAAGACACAUUCAUCUAUUAAUAACCCAAUAAAACAAUCUUAAUAAUAAA